AUGGCCGGUUCCGCUACCGAACAAUUCCGCCCUUGUCGAAGGGUGCUGACCCCGGGCUUUUCCGGAACGGAGGAGGCCCGCCCACAAGGACUGGCGAGAAUCGAGUCCUCUCCGCGUGUGACUCCCAGGCCCACCGGCCUCCGCACGAACGCGAAGGCAUCGCGCCGAUCUGGAUAUGACAUUCCAGACCCAGGAUUGGUGCUCCAGUCCAAACAUGUGGUGAUGGACGACACGGGGCGACCCGCCAAGGAACGAGUUUCCGGAGAGCUUACCUUAGAGAAGGCCUUUGGUACGUGCGUUGCUCGAGCAAGGUUUGAAACGAAAAGUGAACUCUCAACGUGA